AUGAAAUCCCAGCUACAGAGUCUACCUCGCAGAGUAGACAGUCUCGUCGCCUCCAAGAUGCCCUACUUCGCCGAGGUGGAGGACGAGCUGCGCGAUAUCAAGCGCGUCAAUGCCCAGGGGCAGGAAGAGGACCUGCGGCUCGCUCUAAGUCGGAUGAUCACCAGGGUGGAAGAGCUCACGUCGAUGCUCAAGGAAGCCUUCAAGGCGCAGACGGACAUCCAAACGGAGCUCACGCUCGCCAAGUCGAACCUCCAGCUCGCGCUCGCGAACAACGAGAUGCUGGAGGACGCGCUCAAGCGCACGGGGCACGUCAAGGACGUCGGCUGGCGUCGCUGGAGCGCGCGCGAGCAACAGCAGCGCGAUGCAGAGGAGGAGCGGCGGCGCAGCGUCGACUCUGGCGGUUCGUGCGACACGGCGCAUAAUUCACCCGCACAGCCGCACCCGUCUCCGAUGCCCCCAUCGCCCCUCCCCAGCGCCGUCGUGUCCCCUGUCCCCUCCUCGGACGGUCGCUUCUUCAAGUUCCGCUUCGGCAGCAGUAGCAGUAGCAACAGCGCAAACGCGAGCAGUUUCCCAUCGUCGCCACGGCUUGCAAGCGGCAGUAAGUCACCUCUGCCGAAUGGCGCGCACCUCACCUCCGCGUCGUUGCCGUCGUUGGUGCCAGCACGGGAUUGGGAGAAGGAGGUCGAGGAUUUGAAUGGCCAGCUGAAACGUGAGCGCGAGGCGCGGCAGAACGUCGUCGCCCAGAAGGCCGCGCUCGAGGCCGAGCUCGAGUCGCUCUCCCAGGCGCUCUUUGAGGAGGCCAACAAGAUGGUCUCGACAGAGCGUAAGAAGCUCGCCGAGACGGAGGACGAGCUCAAAGAGCUCCAGGCAGAGCGCGAGGCCCUGCGGAACGCGCUGCGGCUCGUAGAACGUCAAGGUCGGGACGGCGCCCGGUACGCCGCGGGGCACGCACACGCGCCAUCGACCUCCUCGGCGCGCGCAGUCAAGUCCCUCCCCUCUACGCGGCCGUCGUCGCCCGCAUUUGACGAAGACCCCACGUCCGCGGGCACCGUCGUCGCGGUUCAGCCACGCAGGCCGCCCCCGCUCGUCCUAGACCCCGAGUCGCCCCCGCUUUCGGCGUCCCCGGUGCCAGACGAAACGCUCCAGCACCCUCCCGAGCUGGACAGCAGUUACUCACGGGGGCGCAUUGCAGAGGCUGCGUCACGAUCGUCAUCCGUUAGACCCUCGCCUCUGCCCUCACCGUCUCCUUCGAUAGGCGCAGUCAGGGCGUCUCCUUCGCCGUCACCCUCAGUCUCGUCGCCAGAAGUCGGCGAGUAUGUCUAUCCGCUGAUGCGGCCCGUUGACUUCUUACAGGGAGAGGUGUCCCCUUGGGCGGACGCGCCGUCGUACGGCUCUCCCAAGCCAGUUGCGUGA